CCAUGAGUCAUAACAGAAAUAGUAAAGGUUCUCAAUCUGAAGAUAACAGAAUAGAUGUAAUUGAUAAUGUAGAAAAUAUGAUUAUUAAUAAAGACAACUCACAUCAAGAUGCUCAAGAUACACUAUUA